AUGAACACUUCAAACAUCGCAAAACACUACGCCCGCAUCAUCUCCCUUUGGCCCAAAGACCCGCUCCGGCCAACCAUCUCCUUCCAAGCCGCCCUCCAGAAGCGCAUACCCCAAGACCCAGCCUCCUCGCCCUCUUCUACACACCCUACUCCACCGCGGGAAGCCUCGGUACCGCUCUCCAAGUCGCCCAUAGACCCGAAGGCUGAGGAGAGGAACAUCAAUGCGCUGUACUCCUUGUUGGACAACCGGUACUCUAAGAAGUAUCCCGUAUCGGACAGCCUGUUGAAGCCGAAGAGUAACCCGACGUACUAUGAGGAUUUGAUGAGGGAGCUUGAGCAAGCGCCUGAUAGAAACUGGUUCCAGAGAACGUUCAACAAGUGGAAGGGGUUUUUGAGGCUCUCGUAG